GGAAAAGAAAUGGAGCAAAUUCAGUAACUAUCCAGUGUAACGUCUUCUGAUAUCUUAAGGAAUCUUACAAAUACGUGUUUUGAAUUGAGAAAAUGACUGCAGAUAUAGAAGAAAGUACAGGUUGUGGAAAAGAAUACCUGUCAAAAAGUGGAACAUCCAAUAGUUAAUUUGGAAGUAGUAUAAAAUACAUAUACCUGUUAUGGUGCGAUGCUGGAGUGGAGUUAACUCUAUAGCACACAGGUAGCUCUCCAAGGAGGAAAAAAAAAAAAAAGAGCUUUCUUUUUUUCUAAAUUAUGGAAAUUUUUUGGAAGACGUGGACAUGGAUUUUGAGCCUAGUCAUGGUUUCAUCGGAAUUUCACAGUGACAACAGGCUUUCAUAUAGUUCUCAAGAGGAAUUCCUGUCUUACCUUGAACACUACCAACUAACAAUCCCAAUAAGGGUUGAUCAAAAUGGAGCCUUCCUCAGCUUUACUGUGAAAAAUGCUAAACCCUCAAGAAGGAGGAGGAGCACAGACCCUUAUGACCAAGAACUGGCAGCAUCUAAAUUAUUUUUUAAACUUUCUGCCUAUGGCAAGCACUUUCAUUUAAACCUGACUCUCAACACAGAUUUGGUGUCCAGACAUUUUACAGUAGAAUACUGGGGGAAAGGUGGACCACAAUGGAAGCACGACUUUUUAGACCACUGUCAUUACACAGGAUAUUUGCAAGACCAGCACAGUACAACUAAAGUGGCCUUAAGCAACUGCAAUGGUCUGCAUGGAGUCAUUGCUACAGAAGAUGAAGAGUAUUUUAUUGAGCCUUUAAGGAACAUAACAGAAGAUUCUAGUACCUUUAAUUAUGAGAACGGUCAUCCUCAUGUUAUAUACAAAAAAUCUGCCAUGCACCAGCAACAUCUCUAUGAUCACAGUCACUGUGGAGUCUCAGACCUCACAAGAAACGGUAGACCUUGGUGGAUGAGUAAUGCAUCUGCAACGUCACUUCCAGUCAAUGACACAUUAAGUAGUCAUAGUCGACAGAAGAGAUCAGUAAGCCUUGAACGGUUUGUGGAAACGCUGGUAGUAGCAGACAAAAUGAUGGUGGGAUACCAUGGUCGCAAAGACAUUGAACACUACAUUUUGAGUGUAAUGAAUAUUGUUGCCAAACUUUAUCGUGAUUCCAGUCUAGGAAACGUUGUGAAUAUUAUAGUGACACGUUUAAUUGUCCUCACUGAAGACCAGCCAAACUUGGAGAUAAACCACCAUGCAGACAAGUCCCUCGAUAGCUUCUGUAAGUGGCAGAAAUCCAUUCUCUCCCACCAAAGUGAUGGAAACACCAUUCCAGAAAAUGGGAUUGCCCACCAUGAUAAUGCGGUUCUUAUUACUAG